CUACCUCUCUGUAGACUCUUCUUCUUCAUCCUACAAGUUUAUCUAUUCUAUCUCUCGAUUUUUCCCAAAUCAACAAAUACAUUUUUAGUUCAAGAUGGCUCGUACUAAGCAAACCGCAAGGAAAUCCACUGGUGGGAAAGCACCCAGGAAGCAACUCGCCACCAAAGCCGCCCGUAAAAGCGCUACCGCCACCUCUACUGGAGGUGUCAAGAAACCUCACAGGUACAGACCCGGUACCGUCGCUCUCCGUGAAAUCAGGCGAUACCAGAAAUCCACCGAGCUUCUUAUCCGAAAGCUCCCUUUCCAGCGUCUCGUCCGUGAGAUCGCUCAGGAUUUCAAGACUGAUCUCCGAUUCCAAUCUUCCGCAGUGAUGGCUCUUCAGGAAGCUUCUGAAGCUUACCUCGUCUCUCUCUUCGAAGACACCAACUUGGCUGCUAUCCACGCUAAACGAGUAACCAUCCAACCCAAGGAUCUUCACCUCGCCCGUCGUCUCCGUGGAGAACGCACUUAGGCGUUGAGUUGACGUUGUUUGUCGUUCGACGCGUUGUUUAUCUAUCGGGGAAUUUCAGGGGGAGAAGGGGAGAGGCAGGAGGGAGAGGUCUCGUUUUUACUUUCGAUUUGCUUUUUAUUUACUUAGCCGGUCGAUGUUACCGUGCCAUGUCCGUUCGUUCCAUC